UCAAAAAUGAGUCUGCCAUGGAAGGAAUCGACAGAGAACUUGUUUAUCAAGUAUUUGAAGAGGAGACCAAAGAUGUUUCCACACUUGGGCCAUACGAAUUGGAGAACCACAGCCUCUAUGUAAAUGAUUACGUGGAGUUACCCACUGCCAUUGUUCCAGUCGAGGAAACAAAUCCUGUCAUAUACAACCUGUCGUUCAUUGUGAAAAAUCUGACAUUUGAGGAAGUUAUAUCAAACCCAUCAGAAAAGGAGAACAUGAUCUCAGCUGAGCUCACGGACCUGUUCAUGAACAGUAGCAUCAAUGCAACAUUCAUGAAAUGCAUCGUACACACAUUCAGAGAGGUAACGGAUGACAGCACCCGAGUGACAGCUAAUUGUUCAUUCAAAAAUGAGUCUGUCAUGGAAGGAAUCGACAGAGAACUUGUUUAUCAAGUAUUUGAAGAGGAGACCAAAGACUUUUCCACACUCGGGCCAUACGAAUUGGAGAACCACAGCCUCUAUGUAAAUGAUUACAUGGAGUUACCCACUGCCAUUGUUCCUGUUGAGGAAACAAAUCCCAUCAAAUACAACCUGUCGUUCAUUGUGAAAAAUCCAACAUUUGGAGAAAUUAAAUCAAACCCAUCAAAACAGGCAAACAUGAUUGCAGCUGAGCUCACAGACCUGUUCAUGAACAGCAGGAUCAAAGCAACAUUCAUGAAAUGCAUCGUACACACAUUCAGAGAGGUGACGGAUGACAGCACCCAAGUGACAGCUAAUUGUUUAUUCAAAUAUGAGUCUGCCGUGGCAGGAAUCGACAGAGAACUUGUUUAUCAAGUAUUUGAAGAGGAGACCAAAGGCAUUUCCACACUUGGGCCGUACGAAUUGGAGAACCACAGCCUCUAUGUAAAUGAUUACAUGGAGUUACCCACUGCCAUUGUUCCUGUCGAGGAAACAAAUCCCAUCAAAUACAACCUGUCGUUUGUUGUGAAAAAUCCAACAUUUGGAGAAUUUAAAUCAAACCCAUCAAAACAGGCAAACAUGAUUGCAGCUGAGCUCACAGACCUGUUCAUGAACAGCAGGAUCAAAGCAACAUUCAUGAAAUGCAUCGUACACACAUUCAGAGAGGUGACGGAUGACAGCACCCAAGUGACAGCUAAUUGUUUAUUCAAAUAUGAGUCUGCCGUGGCAGGAAUCGACAGAGAACUUGUUUAUCAAGUAUUUGAAGAGGAGACCAAAGGCAUUUCCACACUUGGGCCGUACGAAUUGGAGAACCACAGCCUCUAUGUAAAUGAUUACAGCAAGGUACCCACUGUAAUUGUUCCAGUCGAGGAAACAAAUCCCAUCAAAUACAACCUGUCGUUCAUUGUGAAAAAUCCAACAUUUGGAGAAAUUAAAUCAAACCCAUCAAAACAGGCGAACAUGAUUGCAGCUGAGCUCACAGACCUGUUCCUGAACAGCAGAAUCAAUGCAACGUUCAUGAAAUGUAUCAUACACACAUUCAGAGAGGUAACGGAUGACAGCACCCGAGUGACAGCUAAUUGUUCAUUCAAAAAUGAGUCUGCCAUGGAAGGCAUCGACAGAGAACUUGUUUAUCAAGUAUUUGAAGAGGAGACCAAAGACUUUUCUACACUCGGGCCAUACGAAUUGGAGAAAUACAGCCUCUAUGUAAAUGAUUACAGGAAGAUACCCACUAUCAUUGUUCCUGUUGAGGAAACAAAUCCCAUCAAAUACAACCUGUCGUUCAUUGUGAAAAAUCCAACAUUUGGAGAAAUUAAAUCAAACCCAUCAAAACAGGCAAACAUGAUUGUGGCUGAGCUCAUGGACCUGUUCAUGAACAGCAGGAUUCAUGCAACAUUCAUGAAAUGCAUCAUAUAUAUAUUCAGAGAGGUAACGGAUGACAGCACCCGAGUGACAGCUAAUUGUUCAUUCAAAAAUGAGUCUGCCGUGAAAGGCAUCGACAGAGAACUUGUUUAUCAAGUAUUUGAAGAGGAGACCAAAGACAUUUCCACACUUGGGCCGUACGAAUUGGAGAACCACAGCCUCUAUGUAAAUGAUUACAGGAAGAUUCCCACUUUCAUUGUUCCAGUCACGGAAACAUAUCCCUUUCAUUACAAUGUGACCUUCGUUGUAAACAAUCUGAGAUUUGAAGACAUUCAAUCAAACCCAUCAGAAAAGACGAGCCUGAUUGCAGCUGAGCUCACAGACCUGUUCAAGAACAGCAAUAUCAAUACAAUGUUCUUAAAAUGUGCCGUAGAGUCUUUCAGUGGGGUAACGGUUGACAGCACCAGAGUGACAGCUAAUUGUUCAUUCAAAAAGGAGUCUGCCAUGGAAGGAAUCGACAGAGAACUUGUUUAUCAACUAUUUGAAGAGGAGACCAAAGACAUUUCCACACUUGGGCCGUACAAAUUGGAGAACCACAGCCUCUAUGUAAAUGGAUACACAGAGAUAUCCACUGUCAUUGUUCCACUGGAGGAACCAAAUGCCAUCACCUACAAUGUGAUAUUCACUGUUAAAAAUCGGACAUCUGAAGUUUUAUCAAACUCCUCAGAGAAGGCGAGCAUGAUUGCAGCUGAGCUCACAGACCUGUUCAAGAACAGCAAGAUCAAUGCAACGUUCUUAAAAUGUGCAGUCGAGUCAUUCAGUGAGGUAACAGUAGACAGCACCAGAGUGACAGCUAAUUGUUCAUUCAAAAAUGAGUCUGCCAUGGAAGGCAUCGACAGAGAACUUGUUUAUCAAGUAUUUGAAGAGCAGACCAAAGACAUUUCCACACUUGGGCCGUACGAAUUGGAGAACCACAGCCUCUAUGUAAAUGAUUACGGGGAAAUACCCACUGUCAUCGUUCCACUUGAUGAAGCAAAUGCCAUCAGCUACAAUGUGACGUUCAUUGUAAACAAUCUGACAUCUGAAGAUGUUGCUUCAAACUCCUCAGAAAAGGCAGGCAUGAUUGCAGCUGAGCUCACAGACCUGUUCAAGAACAGCAAUAUCAAUGCAACAUUCUUAAAAUGUGCAGUAGAGUCUUUCAGUGGGGUGACAGUUGACAGCACCAGAGUGACGGCUAAUUGUUUAUUCAAAAAUGAGUCUGCCAUGGAAGGCAUCGACAGAGAACUUGUUUAUCAAGUACUUGAAGAGGAGACCAAAGACAUUUCCACACUUGGGCCGUACGAUUUAGAGAACCACAGCCUCUAUAUAAAUGAUUACAGGGAAAUACCCACUGUCAUCGUUCCACUUGAGGAACCAAAUACCAUCAGCUUCAAUGUGACGUUCACUGCAAACAAUCUGCCAUCUCAGGAAUUUGCAUCAAACUCCUCAGAAAAGGCGAGCAUGAUUGCAGCUGAGCUCACAGACCUGUUCAAGAACAGCAAGAUCAAUGCAACGUUCUUAAAAUGUGCAGUACAGUCUUUCAGAGAGGUAAUGGAUGUCAGACCCAGAGUGACAGCUAAUUGUUCAUUCAAAAAUGAGUCUGCCAUGGAAGGCAUUGACAGAGAACUUGUUUAUCAAGUAUUUGAAGAGGAGACCAAAGACAUUUCCACACUUGGGCCAUACGAAUUGGAGAAAUACAGCCUCUAUGUAAAUGAUUAUAGGAAGAUUCCCACUUUCAUUGUUCCAGUCGAGGAACAGCAUCCCAUUCAUUACAACUUGACCUUUGUUGUAAACGAUCUGAGAUUUGAAGACGUUCAAUCAUACCCAUCAGGAAAGGCGAGCCUGAUUGCAGCUGAGCUCACAGACCUGUUCAAGAACAGCAAUAUCAAUGCAACAUUCUUAAAAUGUGCAGUAGAGUUAUUCAGUGGGGUAACGGUUGACAGCACCAGAGUGACAACUAAUUGUUUAUUCAAAAAUGAGUCUGCCGUGGCAGGAAUCGACAGAGAACUUGUUUAUCAAGUAUUUGAAGAGGAGACCAAAGGCAUUUCCACACUUGGGCCGUACGAACUGGAGAAAUACAGCCUCUAUGUAAAUGGUUACAGGGAGAUACCCACUAUCAUUGUUCCAGUCAAGGAAAGAAAACCUAAUCAUUACAACGUGACGUUCACUGUAAACAAUCUGAAGUUUGAAGACAUUCAAUCAAAUCCAUCAGAAAAGGCGAGCAUGAUUGCAGCUGAGCUCAAAGACCUGUUCAAGAACAGCAAGAUCAAUGCAACAUUCUUAACAUGUGUCAUAGAGUCAUUCAGUGGAGUAACAGUUGACAGCACCAGAGUGACAGCUAAUUGUUCAUUCAAAAAUGAGUCUGCCAUGGAAGGCAUCGACAGAGAACUUCUUUAUCAAGUAUUUGAAGAGGAGACCAAAGACAUUUCCACACUUGGGCCAUACGAUUUGGAGAACCACAGCCUCUAUGUAAAUGAUUACAGGGAGAUACCCACUGUCAUCGUUCCACUUGAGGAAGCAAAUGCCAUCAGCUACAAUGUGACGUUCACUGUAAACAAUCUGACAUCUCAAGAAAUUGCAUCAAACUCUCCAGAAAAGGCGAGCAUGAUUGCAGCUGAGCUCACAGACCUGUUCAAGAACAGCAAGAUCAAUGCAACGUUCUUAAAAUGCGCAGUAGACUCAUUCGGUGGGGUUACAGUUGACAGCACCAGAGUGACGGCUAAUUGUUCAUUCAAAAAUGAGUCUGCCAUGGCAGGAAUCGACAGAGAACUUGUUUAUCAAGUACUUGAAGAGGAGACCAAAGACAUUUCCACACUUGGGCCAUACGAACUGGAGAACCACAGCCUCUAUGUAAAUGAUUACGGGGAGAUACCCACUGUCAUCGUUCCACUUGAUGAAGCAAAUGCCAUCACCUACAACGUGACGUUCAUUGUAAACAAUCUUACAUCUGAAGAUGUUGCUUCAAUCUCCCCAGAAAAGGCAGGCAUGAUUGCAGCUGAGCUCACAGACCUGUUCAAGAACAGCAAGAUCAAUGCAACGUUCUUAAAAUGUGCAGUACAGUCUUUCAGAGAGGUAAUGGAUGUCAGACCCAGAGUGACAGCUAAUUGUUCAUUCAAAAAUGAGUCUGCCAUGGAAGGCAUUGACAGAGAACUUGUUUAUCAAGUAUUUGAAGAGGAGACCAAAGACAUUUCCACACUUGGGCCAUACGAAUUGGAGAAAUACAGCCUCUAUGUAAAUGAUUAUAGGAAGAUUCCCACUUUCAUUGUUCCAGUCGAGGAACAGCAUCCCAUUCAUUACAACUUGACCUUUGUUGUAAACGAUCUGAGAUUUGAAGACGUUCAAUCAUACCCAUCAGGAAAGGCGAGCCUGAUUGCAGCUGAGCUCACAGACCUGUUCAAGAACAGCAAUAUCAAUGCAACAUUCUUAAAAUGUGCAGUAGAGUUAUUCAGUGGGGUAACGGUUGACAGCACCAGAGUGACAACUAAUUGUUUAUUCAAAAAUGAGUCUGCCGUGGCAGGAAUCGACAGAGAACUUGUUUAUCAAGUAUUUGAAGAGGAGACCAAAGGCAUUUCCACACUUGGGCCGUACGAACUGGAGAAAUACAGCCUCUAUGUAAAUGGUUACAGGGAGAUACCCACUAUCAUUGUUCCAGUCAAGGAAAGAAAACCUAAUCAUUACAACGUGACGUUCACUGUAAACAAUCUGAAGUUUGAAGACAUUCAAUCAAAUCCAUCAGAAAAGGCGAGCAUGAUUGCAGCUGAGCUCAAAGACCUGUUCAAGAACAGCAAGAUCAAUGCAACAUUCUUAACAUGUGUCAUAGAGUCAUUCAGUGGAGUAACAGUUGACAGCACCAGAGUGACAGCUAAUUGUUCAUUCAAAAAUGAGUCUGCCAUGGAAGGCAUCGACAGAGAACUUCUUUAUCAAGUAUUUGAAGAGGAGACCAAAGACAUUUCCACACUUGGGCCAUACGAUUUGGAGAACCACAGCCUCUAUGUAAAUGAUUACAGGGAGAUACCCACUGUCAUCGUUCCACUUGAGGAAGCAAAUGCCAUCAGCUACAAUGUGACGUUCACUGUAAACAAUCUGACAUCUCAAGAAAUUGCAUCAAACUCUCCAGAAAAGGCGAGCAUGAUUGCAGCUGAGCUCACAGACCUGUUCAAGAACAGCAAGAUCAAUGCAACGUUCUUAAAAUGCGCAGUAGACUCAUUCGGUGGGGUUACAGUUGACAGCACCAGAGUGACGGCUAAUUGUUCAUUCAAAAAUGAGUCUGCCAUGGCAGGAAUCGACAGAGAACUUGUUUAUCAAGUACUUGAAGAGGAGACCAAAGACAUUUCCACACUUGGGCCAUACGAACUGGAGAACCACAGCCUCUAUGUAAAUGAUUACGGGGAGAUACCCACUGUCAUCGUUCCACUUGAUGAAGCAAAUGCCAUCACCUACAACGUGACGUUCAUUGUAAACAAUCUUACAUCUGAAGAUGUUGCUUCAAUCUCCCCAGAAAAGGCAGGCAUGAUUGCAGCUGAGCUCACAGACCUGUUCAAGAACAGCAAGAUCAAUGCAACGUUCUUAAAAUGUGCAGUCGACUCAUUCAGUGAGGUAACAGUUGACAGCACCAGAGUGACAGCUAAUUGUUCAUUCAAAAAUGAGUCUGCCAUGGAAGGAAUCGACAGAGAACUUCUUUAUCAAGUAUUUGAAGAGGAGACCAAAGACAUUUCCACACUUGGGCCGUACGAAUUGGAGAACCACAGUCUCUAUAUAAAUGAUUACGGGGAAAUACCCACUGUCAUCGUUCCACUUGAGGAACCAAAUACCAUCACCUACAACAUGACGUUUAUUGUAAACAAUCUGACAUCCCAAGAAAUUGCAUCAAACUCCUCAGAAGAGGUGACCAUGAUUGCUGCUGAGCUCACAGACCUGUUCAAGAAGAGCAAUAUCAAUGCAACGUUCUUAAAAUGUGCAGUACAGUCUUUCAGAGAGGUAAUGGAUGACAGAACCAGAGUGACAGCUAAUUGUUCAUUCAAAAAUGAGUCUGCCAUGGAAGGCAUCGACAGAGAACUUGUUUAUCAAGUAUUUGAAGAGGAGACCAAAGGCAUUUCCACACUUGGGCCGUACGAAUUGGAGAAAUACAGCCUCUAUGUAAAUGAUUACAGGAAGAUUCCCACUUUCAUUGUUCCAGUCGAGGAACAACAUCCCAUUCAUUACAACUUGACCUUUGUUGUAAACGAUCUGAGAUUUGAAGAUGUUCAAUCAAACCCAUCAGGAAAGGCAAGCCCGAUUGCAGCUGAGCUCACAGACCUGUUCAAGAACAGCAAUAUCAAUGCAACGUUCUUAAAAUGUGCAGUAGAGUCAUUCAGUGAGGUAACAACUGAAAGCACCAGAGUGACAGCUAAUUGUUCAUUCAAAAAUGAGUCUGCCAUGGCAGGAAUCGACAGAGAACUUGUUUAUCAAGUAUUUGAAGAGGAGACCGAAGACGUUUCCACACUUGGGCCAUACGAAUUGGAGAAUUACAGCCUCUAUGUAGAUGGUUACAGGGAGAUACCCACUAUCAUUGUUCCAGUCAAGGAAAGAAAACCUAAUCAUUACAACGUGACGUUCACUGUAAACAAUCUGAAGUUUGAAGACAUUCAAUCAAAUCCAUCAGAAAAGGCGAGCAUGAUUGCAGCUGAGCUCAAAGACCUGUUCAAGAACAGCAAGAUCAAUGCAACAUUCUUAACAUGUGUCAUAGAGUCAUUCAGUGGAGUAACAGUUGACAGCACCAGAGUGACAGCUAAUUGUUCAUUCAAAAAUGAGUCUGCCAUGGAAGGCAUCGACAGAGAACUUCUUUAUCAAGUAUUUGAAGAGGAGACCAAAGACAUUUCCACACUUGGGCCAUACGAUUUGGAGAACCACAGCCUCUAUGUAAAUGAUUACAGGGAGAUACCCACUGUCAUCGUUCCACUUGAGGAAGCAAAUGCCAUCAGCUACAAUGUGACGUUCACUGUAAACAAUCUGACAUCUCAAGAAAUUGCAUCAAACUCUCCAGAAAAGGCGAGCAUGAUUGCAGCUGAGCUCACAGACCUGUUCAAGAACAGCAAGAUCAAUGCAACGUUCUUAAAAUGCGCAGUAGACUCAUUCGGUGGGGUUACAGUUGACAGCACCAGAGUGACGGCUAAUUGUUCAUUCAAAAAUGAGUCUGCCAUGGCAGGAAUCGACAGAGAACUUGUUUAUCAAGUACUUGAAGAGGAGACCAAAGACAUUUCCACACUUGGGCCAUACGAACUGGAGAACCACAGCCUCUAUGUAAAUGAUUACGGGGAGAUACCCACUGUCAUCGUUCCACUUGAUGAAGCAAAUGCCAUCACCUACAACGUGACGUUCAUUGUAAACAAUCUUACAUCUGAAGAUGUUGCUUCAAUCUCCCCAGAAAAGGCAGGCAUGAUUGCAGCUGAGCUCACAGACCUGUUCAAGAACAGCAAGAUCAAUGCAACGUUCUUAAAAUGUGCAGUCGACUCAUUCAGUGAGGUAACAGUUGACAGCACCAGAGUGACAGCUAAUUGUUCAUUCAAAAAUGAGUCUGCCAUGGAAGGAAUCGACAGAGAACUUCUUUAUCAAGUAUUUGAAGAGGAGACCAAAGACAUUUCCACACUUGGGCCGUACGAAUUGGAGAACCACAGUCUCUAUAUAAAUGAUUACGGGGAAAUACCCACUGUCAUCGUUCCACUUGAGGAACCAAAUACCAUCACCUACAACAUGACGUUUAUUGUAAACAAUCUGACAUCCCAAGAAAUUGCAUCAAACUCCUCAGAAGAGGUGACCAUGAUUGCUGCUGAGCUCACAGACCUGUUCAAGAAGAGCAAUAUCAAUGCAACGUUCUUAAAAUGUGCAGUACAGUCUUUCAGAGAGGUAAUGGAUGACAGAACCAGAGUGACAGCUAAUUGUUCAUUCAAAAAUGAGUCUGCCAUGGAAGGCAUCGACAGAGAACUUGUUUAUCAAGUAUUUGAAGAGGAGACCAAAGGCAUUUCCACACUUGGGCCGUACGAAUUGGAGAAAUACAGCCUCUAUGUAAAUGAUUACAGGAAGAUUCCCACUUUCAUUGUUCCAGUCGAGGAACAACAUCCCAUUCAUUACAACUUGACCUUUGUUGUAAACGAUCUGAGAUUUGAAGAUGUUCAAUCAAACCCAUCAGGAAAGGCAAGCCCGAUUGCAGCUGAGCUCACAGACCUGUUCAAGAACAGCAAUAUCAAUGCAACGUUCUUAAAAUGUGCAGUAGAGUCAUUCAGUGAGGUAACAGCUGAAAGCACCAGAGUGACAGCUAAUUGUUCAUUCAAAAAUGAGUCUGCCAUGGCAGGAAUCGACAGAGAACUUGUUUAUCAAGUAUUUGAAGAGGAGACCGAAGACGUUUCCACACUUGGGCCAUACGAAUUGGAGAAUUACAGCCUCUAUGUAGAUGGUUACAGGGAGAUACCCACUAUCAUUGUCAAGGAAACAAAUCCGAUUCAUUACAAUGUGACAUUCGUUGUAAACAAUCUGAUGUUUGAAGAUGUUCAAUCAAACCCAUCAGAAAAGGCGAGCAUGAUUGGAGCUGAGCUCACAGACCUGUUCAAGAACAGCAAUAUCAAUGCAACGUUCUUAAAAUGUGCAGUAGAGUCAUUCAGUGGGGUAACGGUUGACAGCACCAGAGUGACAGCUAAUUGUUCAUUCAAAAAUGAGUCUGCCAUGGAAGGCAUCGACAGAGAACUUGUUUAUCAAGUAUUUGAAGAGGAAACCAAAGACAUUUCCACACUUGGGCCAUACGAAUUGGAGAACCAUAGCCUCUAUGUAAAUGAUUACAAUGAAUCACCUACGGGAAAUGCACCGACUGCAAACCCAACACCGGUUGAGUUUAACGUGACUUUCAGUAUCACAAAUUUGUCAUUCAUGGAAGGACUGCAGGACAACACAACCCUCUUGUACCAAUCAGCAUCAUCUGUUAUCACUCGAGAGCUCAAUGCAUUGUUUAACAGUGAAAUAGAGACAGAAUUUAUUGACUGCAAAAUGAUCUCUUUAAGUGUUAUAAGUCAAAAGGCCAAAGUGUAUGCAAUCUGUACCUUCAAGAAUUCUGCCACUAAACAGAUUGACAGAGUUACUGUCUAUCGAUACUUCAGUGACAAUACGGAGAACCUUACUGCAUUGGGACCUUAUUUGCUGGACCACAAAAGUCUCUAUGUGGAUGACUACAAUGAAUCAACAUCUCCAACCAAACCAAUUGGAAAGCAAACAACUGGGUUUAAUGUGACCUUCACCAUAACAACUUUGACCAACUCUCCAGCUCUAAAUGACCCCUCAUCACUGUUGUAUCAAUCAGCUUCAGAAUCUAUUACUGGGCAGCUCAAUACCAUGUUCCAAAACAGUGAUAUAAAGACAAAGUUUACAGGCUGUGAAGUAAUCUUUUUGAGUGUUGCAAGAAGUCAGGGGACCAGUGUGUAUGCAAUCUGUUCUUUCAACAAUACUUCUGCUGCAGAGAAUGUGGAUAGAGUUACUGUGUACCAUCAGUUCAGUUACAACACAAAGAACAUCAGGGAAUUUGGACCUUAUUUACUGGAUGAAAAUAGUCUCUACGUGGACGAUUACCAUGAAUCAAAACAUUCAAAUGAAGUACCAAACAAAAGCCAAUCUCCUGCUGGAUUUAAUGUGACCUUCACUAUAACAAAUUUGCCAUACUUGGAAGCACUUCAUAACCAGACAUCGCUGUUGUACCAAUCAGCUUCACUAACAAUUACUCGACAGCUCACUACCUUGUUUAAUAACAGUGAUAUAAAUGCAGAAUUUAUAGCCUGCAAUACAGUGUCAUUAAGUGCUACAAGCAGUCAUAAGACGAAAGUGUAUGCAAUCUGUUCCUUCAACGAUACUUCUGCUGAAGAGAAUGUGGAUAGAGUUAUUGUGUACAAUCAGCUCAGUUACAAGACGAGGAACAUCACAGUUUUGGGACCCUACUCUUUGGAUAACAACUCUCUCUUUGUAAAUGACUACCAUAAAUCAGCCUUUCCCAAUGAACCACCCAUUGUAGCUGUAACUCAACAACCAAAUUUGAGUCAGAAACCCCUGUGCUUUAAUGUGUCUUUUAUCAUCACCAACCUACCAGUCAGUUCAGUUCUACUUGACCCAACCUCACAAGUUCAUCAGUCCGCUUCACUUAAUGUCAUUCGUCAGCUUAAUGCCAUGUUUCGUAACAGCAAUGUACGUACAGUAUUUUCAGAAUGUACAGACAUCUCCCUCAGCAUUACAAAUGAGGGCUUUGUGCAAGUGCUUGCCGUCUGCUUUUUCAAGAAUGAUUCUCAGGAGGUUGAUAAUGUUAUUGUGGGGCAAGCAUUCAGAGACAGAAAAUAUAAUGUCUCCAGCACCACAAUUUAUGGAUUUAACGCUGAUAGUCUUCAGAUUACUGGCUGCGAGGAACCAAAGUCUGCUGCCACAAUUGCCACACCUUUAGAAGUGACUCUGCCAUCAAUUUCAGAGCGUCAAGGCGAUCUCACUUUUGAAGUUAACUUCACAAUAAUAAAUGUCAACUUUACAGACCAACUCCAAAAUUUAACUUCCUCUGAAUAUACAACACUGAGAACCAAUAUUUUGACAAGGAUGUUAGAGUUAUUUACAAAAAGCAAUCUGGAAGAAAGUUAUAAAUUCUGCCGUGUUACUGAAUUAAGCCCAGGAUCAGUGAAAGUUUCCACUUCUUGCUUCUUUGACCCUGUUAGAGAAACUAGUAGAAUCACUCAAGAGAGAAUCAGAUCAGAAUUUGCAAUGGGAACAGAUGGGAUAAGAUGGCUUGGCCAAUUUCAACUUCGACGAAGUAGUUUAUCUGUGGCUGCUGUGUCACCUGUUACUUCCAACAGAACUGAAUUGCCGUAUUGGGCCAUCAUAGUUAUAGUAUUAGCCAUUCUGCUGGCUUUGUUUUUCCUUAUGAUUUUGGGCUGUUUGAUUGCAUUAUGUAUAAAGAAGAAGUUCAGUGGCUUCUACAAUAUGUUACAAGAUCCUUUUGGAAUCUACUAUUCUCAUCUGGAUGGAAGGAAGUAGUUCUUGCACUUGAAAGUUAAUCUUUCUAAUAUGAUCAUUGUAAUACUUAAGAUUGUGGAUAAUGAAAUUUUGUUGUAGUAUAUACACAGACAAAAACAGUUUAAUAUAUUUUUUGACUAAAUCACCUUGAGCAGCAAUUUUGGCCAAAGUUUUAUUCUUCUUUGAUUUUGUUCGGAGAAAAGCAGUUGCCUGAAUCACCUGGAUAUAAACAUGCAAUUCUUUUCUGAAAAGAUCUUUAAAAACAAAGUUUGGAACUUUUCUCAAAGAGUGAAAAUGCUGUUCACCCUUCACAGUUUCAAAUAUAAAUGAGCUACUGCUGUUAAAUUUCAUUAGUCAAAGGAUGCUAUUUUUAUAUCUGUUCCUGCUACUGAUUUGGUAACACAUAAGUAGAGGGGGAAUAUUUAAUAAAUUUCUUGUAGUUAAAGGGAAAUAAAAUUGGUAUAUUGAAAUAAACCUGUAUUCACAAGCACAUUUUGUAUUUGGAAAAUGAUUUAAAUUUCACCUCAAAUUUUCACUUCUGUGCCACUGACACUGGAUUCACAAAAGUAAGAGGGCCCCUGCCAACUCAGGUCAGCCUCUUCCAUUUUGUCUUUUGCUCCUGACACCACCUCAAGCUGCAGCACCAUCCAGAGCCGAGCUACGAGCCAAUAGUAUUUAUCAGGUCCAUCUGGUUAGUUACUGGAACAGUGCUCACAGUUCAUCCAUUUUAUAUAAACGAGGCUCUGUGCUGAAUCGAGCUCACACCCCAGACAGCACAGAAAUUCUUCAUCAACUUGAUGACCAUUCUGGAUGUGUUAAUUUUGUUUCACAAUCUCUCCAUAUGUAGGAGAGAGUUGACUGCAAACACAUUAAGCAGCUAUAUACUGAGAACAAUCAAUAUUUAAAUAAUCUGCACUUCAUUUGAUCGUAAAUAUGUACUUAAAUGUAAACAUUAUGUCUGUGAUUCUACUGUUCCAUUAUAUAUUUAUGAGAAAUUGUAGGGAUGAUUCUGCAGUUUACUGAUGCCCUUGGAGAGGUGCUCAAAACAAAUAUGCCAGCAAAAGUGGGCAUAAAGUUUUAAAUUACAGAAUCAGCCCUCAGAGAAUUAAAAAUGCAUUAGUUUUGAUAAUCUAAUAGUGGAAAGAAUUUUACAUAACUGCCAUGUAUCAGAGUUUUAUAAUUAUUAAUUUAAACAAUAUUAUUGUAUAUUAUUGUGAACAUGUUGAGAUUUCCUAACCCAAUAAAAGCCAUAAGUGUU